AAUUCUACAAGCGCUAAAGAUGUGAAAAAUACUUUUGGUUUAGGAUCACAAGGAUCAAAACGAUCACCCUCUCCACCGAAACUCACCGACCCGAAAGAAAGUCUUACAUUGGCAAAAAUGCAACAAAAAGGAUUAUUAUAG